AACAACACAGUAUAUACAGUCAGUCAGUCAAUCAGUGAAGACUCAGACGGACAGUCAGCCAGACUGAGUAAGGGAGUGAGAGAGUGAGAGCAGCGAGUGUAGAACCGUGGAAGCGCUGCUAGAAUGGUGGCGUCCACGGGACAGUGCUUCUUGCUCUUCUUGGUGGCAUUGUUCCCGACUUUCGAUUGUGGAACUGCCACCAGGGCAUCUUUAGAAAAUGUAGUUUACAGCUUAGAGAAACUAGUCGGAUAUUACAGGUUGAAUUAUAAGCGAAUUAACCUCGAUGGUUUAUACGGACUGCGGAUUCUCGAAGGUCAACUGCUGCUGAUAGUGUCUGAGCAGGAUAAUGGUCAGCUGAAUCAUAUCUCUCCUUCGCUCCUCAGCCGUUUGAAGAUACUUCAGAGGCACACGACGAACAUAUGCAAGGAAGCUAUUGAGUUUGUACGCAUGGAUGAGGAAACAUAUUAUCAGAAACUGAAGUAUCUUGUGGAAAGGCCAUGGAUGGUUUUCAAAAAGGAUAGGAAAGUUUCUGAAUCACUUCGCUGGAGUCCUGAUUAUUAUAAACGUGGAAAGGAAUUGUAUGGAGAAAUUGAAGAAAAUACAAGUGAUAACUGCAUGCAAGAAUUAAUCGGUUCCAGUGAACAUCCUCGAUGUUCUAUCAGCAACAAAUGUGCCCAGAUAAUGACCUGUCGAGGUUUGAUGGAAUAUUCCAUAACUCACCAGUUAUUGUGGUUGAUGCUAGCUGAACAGGUUGGUUGUCUUGCAGAAUUGAACAGAGUACUGAAGUUGGCCAAUUUCAAAGACCAUGAGCAACUACAAGUAGAAUUCUGUUCCAACAACUUUUUUGAAAUGAAAAACCUGGUUCAUGGUUAUAUGUCUGGAACUAUUCUUCCUAUGUACCAGGAUCUAUUCAUGGAGCAACAAUUUGUUUGCCCAAGUAUUGGAUUUUAUGAAUUUUUACACUUGAAUUAUCUGCAGCAGAUUCUAUCUUGGCAAAAAGAAAGUGGUUGUUUUGGUAUAAUGCCACCAGUGAAACCUAAAAACCUCAAAGAGAAUUUCUUUACCAAUAAAAAGUUUGAGGAAUAUUAUUAUGAUCAGAAUGAUGCAAGUAUAAAAGAUAAGACAGAAAUGAAGGAGCCGAAACCUCUGAAUUUUCCAGAACACAAGGCUGCUUCCAUUCGUUUUGUAAAUAGAUUAACAGCUCCUACAGGAAUCCUAAACAUUGUGAAAACUAUAACAAACAAACCCCAAAAUUUAUUAAUACAACCAAUGCCAGCUAAACUUGUACAGAAAAUCUCAAAUAAUAAACUUUCUGACAUUGGUGUAGACCCGUUGAAGCCCAUUUUAAUGAAUGCAUCCCAUAAACCAGACAAAAAUGUUGCUAUUGUGAAUUUACAAGACUCAAAUAAAGUAAAAAAUCAAAGUGAAAUCCAUUUACAGCUUGUGCAACCCAUGGAUCAGAGGAUUAAACCACAAGCUCAGCGUAGACUUCUGAUGGAAAAAGAGCUAAGUGGUGGCUGUCUGAGUCACAAGACUGCUGUUGCCAGUGGAGCUUUGGUGAUUUACUUAAACUUCUUGCUUCACCACAGUCUGGAUCAGCUGAACCAUUCUGAUACUGUUUGGCAUUCAGUGAACCAGCGUCUUUUGUUAAAUACUGCUUCAAAAACCACCACCAAUUCCUUGCCUCCAAUACUUCAGCCUGGCCAGUUAAAGAAGGUUCAGCCAGUUUUUCCCAAUGAACAGAAACCAGUACCAUUGGGUGUUGAUUCCAGUUCCUUUGUCCAACAAGAAACUGUCAUUAAGAAAAGCUUCCAAGAACCAGUUCUUGGAGACAUGGGAAUAGACAGAGAUAAUAAAAAAGACGGCGUCCAGGAAGAUGACUAUGAAGAGUAUGAAAAUGAUAAGUUUCUGAAUGAAAAUUACAGAGACAAGAAAGUGGUCCAUUUUGGCAAUAAUAAAGAAUCAUUGAAAGCCUUGGAUGAAAAUGGUGACGGUUAUGAUGACGACAGCCUAGAUGAGGAAGAUGAAGAUGGUGACUACACUUACUAUGAUGAAAAUGAAGAAGAUACCGCACGUCAGGAAAAAAUAAACAAGCAACAAAAAUUCUUGCAAAAUUUGGCACCUGACAAGAAACAAAUUUUACCUCGAAUUGCACGUAACUCUGGUUUUCAUGGACGAUCUUCGCAGGAAAACCAAGAGACUUUUGGAAAUAAUUCCUCACCGACAGGAAUUAUUUUAAUUACAGUAGUUUUCAUAAUAACUGUUUUACUUUUACUUAUGUAUAGAUUUAUCAAAAAACGAAGAAUUCAUAUCAGAUAUAACCCUAGGACAUUUCUGAAAUUAUAAACCAUUUGAGAAGAAAAGACUUUGGUAGAUAAUUUUUGAUAAAUGGGUGUCUGGUACAUUUUAUUUUAUUUUAUUUUAUUUUAUUUCAAAUCCCUUCCAUGCUCCACA